UUAGUAAUGUGCUAUGCAGUCUCGUUAAUAGGGGCUCGAGGGCAGCUGCCACAGCAUCCCUCAUGCUCAGCUGCUCAAAAACACUGAUAGCUAAUACGGAUCAAAAGACAUCCGUCUGACUUUUGGAAUCAUCUUCUCCGCGACGCGUCGCAACAUCGCUCAUCAUCAUCAUCAUCAUCAUCAUCAUCACAGGCGCAUCCUGCCGACAUGGCCUCGUCCGUGAGCGGAGCGGAGGAAGUGCGCGUGUCGGCGUUGACGCCCCUGAAGUUGGUGGGUCUGGUGUGUAUUUUCCUCGCACUGUGCCUGGAUGUCGGUGCCGUUCUGAGUCCCGCCUGGGUCACCGCGGAUGACCAGUACCACCUGUCCCUGUGGGAGUCGUGCUGGAAGCCCGCUUCCUCCGCGACCUGGCGGUGCAGCAGCACGCUGGGGACCGACUGGCAGAUUGCAACAUUGGCGUUGUUGUUGGGUGGCGCAUUCCUUAUCCUCCUUUCCUUCCUGGUGGCUCUGGUGUCUGUCUGCAUUCGCUCCAGGAGAUGCUUCUACCGACCGGUUGCAGUUAUGCUCUUUGCUGCAGUGGUUCUACAGGCCUGCUGUUUGGUUCUGUAUCCUAUCAAGUUCAUCGAGACCAUCAGUUUAAGAAUAUACCACGAGUUUAACUGGGGCUAUGGUCUGGCCUGGGGGGCCACCAUCUUUUCCUUCGGAGGAGCAAUUCUCUACUGCCUGAACCCCAAAAACUAUGAAGAUUACUACUAAACCUGCUACAAUAACCACAAUACACUUCAAUGUCCUCUUCACUGUUUGUAUAGCAGCUAAUGCACUGAAUUUUUGUUCUCUUUGCGGAACGGAUCUUGAAUAUGCAUACACACACACACACAAAGAAACACAUGGAUGUAAAUUCAGUAUAUUUUGAUGCUUUUUUGCAUCCUCAUGUCCUACAUUUUUAAUUACCAUUCUCCUCUAUUCUUUUCCCUCUCAUUAAUCUGUCAUGAAAUUAAACCCUAUCAUUAAAAUUCUAUUCUUUUUCAGUCUGUCAUUUUUAUCCACUCUCUCGCCUCAUGUCAUUUUAACACCUUCUCUGAUCUUAAUCUGACUGUCAGAUGAGCAUCCGACUCCAGAUGUCAGGCUAUGUUCACAGGAAUACUGUGAUGUGAUCUGUGGGGAAACCUCCAUCUGUGGUUGGAUGUGAUACAAGGCAAACAGAAGGCUUCUACAAAUCUGACAGAAUCAAACAGUGCCCUGAAAUACACAGAUUCACAGUUAUUACUUACAGUAGCAGUAGAGCACAGAUGCUUAUAUUAGGUGUAAAUGUCAGUUUUGAGAAAAAUUUAAUUCUUUAGAUGGCAUUUGAGAAUAUAAAACUGAAAAAUCAUAUAAUGAUUUGAAAUGAGGAAAAAAACAGUAUGCUAUUAGUACAGUAAAGGCAUACUUUGCUGGGGAAAGCAGGACUUUGUGUGGGCAUCCCGAUGACGGAUGUUAAAUUUGCAUGUCCCAUAAGCCAAACAACAGUUAUCAUUAUGAGAGACUGGUCAGGACACUUAAAAAAAUCUUAAUUUGUACAUCAAAACAAAAUUGCCCUUAUGAAAUGGUAGAACUGAGAUUGAUGUUAAGCACAUAUCCUGUACAUAUCACAUGGAUUACAAUCUUAGGGCACAUCUGAAAAAAUCUUUGAGAUCUUCAUUUCACAAAGGAUUUGGUAAAAGAUACUUUGCAUUGUAGAAGAAUCUAGGUCUUGUGGUGUAACCAAGCCUUGCAUAUAGACUAGUUUUUGACUGAGAUAGCCCAAGGAAGAUCUCAUUAGUCUUAUUUUGCAUACAUAUCCAUACAGGUAGUGAAGGGCAGACUGUAUGAUUGUUUCUUAGCACUGUUGGUCUGUUGUGUGAAUGUUGUGUUUGAAUGAGUGUGCAUGUCUCACUUUCGGGUGUUUUUGAGUGAUUGUUUGAUUUCUGUUGGGAUUUUUCUAUCCCAAAUGCAGUUGUGACAUACUGUACUCAUUUAUAUACUAACCAAAUAAACAGAUAAAAACAA